AUGACUACACCAGACAGGAGUCCUUCCUCUUUUGAGCAAGGAAGGCGCCUUGUCAAGGAAAUCAGUAAGAUACCAGUCAAUCCUGAUAUAGGUAAUGAUAUGAAAACCCUUUUAAGCAAAAAAUUUUUGGACCCAAUCAAACAACUCGAAGAUAUUGUGAAUGAGACAAUGUCAAAAGAGUUGUGGGAAGAAACAGUUAAAAAUAUAAGUUUCACUCCCCUACAAAAGCUAGGAUGGCAAAUCAUUCAAAAAAAAAACGAAGGUAAACAACAAUUUGAAGAAAUAAUUAGCGAACUAGAAAAAACUAAUCAGUUAGUUUGCGCUAUACAAUCAGAGCUUGAUCAGACAAAGACUCAAUUAGCAAACGGAGCGGUUGAUUUCGAGUCUCUAUCAACUGAUCGACUAAAUGAAAUACAUAACAAGAUUGAUGAUAUAUUAAGGAAUAGAACCCCAUCAGACAAUCAUAAUCAAUCGAAUAUAACUAACAAUAAUUUAAAUAUUAACGAAGAAAAAUUACAAGAACUCAUAAGGUCCACAUCUAAUGAGAUAUUGUCUACAGAGAUUCAUAAACAAUUAGAAGAUUUAAUGAAUUCUGUCAAUGAUAAAAUUUCUCAAAAUGGUGAAGAAAAAUAA